UUUGUUGACAUUUACAUGGCUUAUUUUGAUUUUUGGACUAUGAACUUUGUUUUGAAGAAAUUAAAUAAUACAAAAUUGUGAAAGUAUUUUCUAAAGAUGUCGCAACCACAUCGUAGAGCAGUUUUAAAUCUUUAUAAAACUCUAUUACAUUUGGGUCGAGAUUGGCCUCAGGGUUACGACCUCUUCCGUAAAAGACUUCACAAGGUGUUUUUAAAGAACAGCGAAGAACAAAAUCCGGAAAAGGUUAAAAUCAUGGUGAAACAUGGCGAGUUCGUCGUCAAAGAGAUUGAAGCGCUUUAUAAGUUGAAGAAAUAUAGGGCAAUGAAGAAACGGUACUAUGAUGAAAACUAACAUGGUAAGUUUUUUAGAAACUUGACAAAAAAUAAACGGAAGUUGCUUUCUUGCUCAUAAGGAACAUGUAUAGGUAUGACAAGAAUAUUUGUAAUUAGAUAAGUAAUUGUACACACACUAGAAUUCAGCCAGUCCAUUGUUGUCAUAAUGUAAAAGUCUUUUCUAAUUAGCUUUUCUAGUUACCUACUUGUUUGCAAUCAUCUGUAAAUAGUGCUUAAUUUGUUAAUAAGAGGUCAAAAAUGAAACCAAUUGUCUAUGUAAUUAUGUAUUAUAGACAUUUUUAUAGUUUACAUAAUUCAUUACUAUUAUAAACUCUAGUAAAAAUUAUAUUGUGUAAUAAUAAAAUAAAGUAUCUAAUAUUUCUAAACAAAAUGUUAAUAAAAUCUUUAACAUAAAAAUGAGACAAUGAUUUUUUAUUUAAGUGGCAAGUGAUAUGAUAAUUUAUUUUAUCAAUCCGUUUCAGAGUUAAGUAUAUACAUUAUAUCUAUGAUAACAAUUUUGUGUCAACAAAAUUACAAGUAUAUUUUAUAUAGUUGGUGCAAGAGAUGGGCAAGUUAGAGUUACAGAUAAACCCUGCAUAGUUGUGAAUAUCUGAACUACAAAUGAAAGUUUCAUUAACAUUGGUUACACUUUUACGAUUCUAAAGUUAGCAAAGGAGUUUGUAACAAACAGCAAUGAUUACAACAGCCCAACACAUUAACACCACUUUGUAUGAUACAAGCUAACUAUUCAAUGAUAUAACAUUUUACACUUAAAGUGUGAUUAAAUUUUUAUUUCACUCAUAGAGAUUGCUAUACAGGUUUCCAAUUGAAAAUGUUUAUCAACCUGGAUUGAGAACGGUUUUACAUACCAAACACUUCUAGUGUAUGUCGUCAAAGUUAAAUGACACAAAUAAAACUCAUUGUUCUUUCUAUACAUUCUAUUGUGAUAUAAAUAGACUAUUUAUUUUAAUGUGAAGAUAUGUGUUUUUACUUAUGUCAUUGUAACUUUGGUCUCUAGUCAUCCACAGUUAUCAUAUUCAAUGAAUAAUUCAUUGGUAUUAUUUGAGAAUAAAUAGUAAAUGUACAACCUUUUCAGUAGAGUUUAAUCAACUUGUAAAUUCUAAAGGUUUGAUAGGGCUGUGAUGACUAUAGUGAGGGAAGGUUACUAACAGCAUGAGAGUAUGUAUGAAUCAUGUAUUAUGUAGUUCCGAUAUUUCUUAAUAUUACGUUCUAGCGAUUAUUCACAUAUUUCCUGGCGUUUGUUCUUAAUAUUACAAAAUGUUAAUAAUAAAUAGCGUUUGAAAUAUCUAUAUUGUCAAUUCUACCGAGGCGCAACCGCUCGAUCUGCGCGGUCAGGGAUUAUAAAGUAGUUGAGUGGAGCUGCAACAGAUUCACGACAAAUGCUCUGUCUGCCAGAAUAUGUUGAUUUAUCGAGUUUAUCACGACGAAAAUAUUUUCGUCUGAUUUGCUGUUAUCAGCAUGUUCAUUAUCAUUUUGUCGAGUCGUAUUUUUAACAACAGAGGCAUACUGAUUUCUGCCUUUCCUGUCAAUGAAUCUGUUACAAAUAUAAAUAAGUUCUAUAUUAUAUUAACAUAGUAAUUAUAUUUAUUGUUAAAUACAGUACUUGAACCACAAGUCUA